CUCUGUCAUUGUAAUGAGUCUAACGGAGUCUCUGCACGCUCCUGCACAUGGCAGACCAUCAGCACUUUAAUAGAACACAUUAUCAUCUACAGACUUUUCAUUGUUCUGCAGGAGGCUUUGUGUGAAACCUCAUCGUCAGGAGAACAGACCCGCUCGUGAUCUUCACUCUCACUGCUGCUGGAGUUCGGUUUCUAAUUGCGGGGCGAAUUAAAUCCACUUAAACCCGAAAACUGCUGAACAUGAGAGGAACUUAACUCCUGCGUUACAGAGAGGAUCUCACUGAAGCGCCUCAACGUCACGGAGACAUCCUCUCCUGUUGUUGGUGCUGAAGAUGCCAAGGAGAAGAAAAUGCAAUCUGAAUGAAGGACACUGAAGGUCAUUCAAAUGGAUUCCUACAACAUGCACUUUGAGAAGAUGAACAACUUUGACCUUCACCCUAUCAGUCGCCAUUCACCGUCCAAGUCCCCUAGCAGUAUAGAUCAGUACACACACCGCCACAGUAAAGGCGAUUCUGCGUAUAGCUCCUUCUCCGGAGGAUCCGUCCUCCCUGAUUACCCCUCGCCGUUCCUAGCGGAUGAUUUUCACGCACAUAACCUGCACUACGCUGAUGUGAAGUAUGUGAAGGCCGUGUACGGUCCCAGCGUCCUUCACUCGGACACAAAAAGCCUGAAUAAUCUGUAUGGUUCCAUGGAAGCCAUUGUACCUCUUCGUCAUCAUCACCAUCAUCAUCAUCAUUACCAGAACCAGAAUGGAUGUUCUCAUGUUAAAGAUCCUCCCGUGCCUACCACCCAUUUACCACUUCCUCCCCCUCCACCACCUCCUCCACUUCCACCACCACCUCUAAGUCCACCUUUACCUCCACCGCCUGUCCAUGUGGACAAUUUCAUAACUACUUCUAAUCUUGAAGCCUCAGUGUCGAAUCCUGAGGGUCCGCUUUCCGGUGUUUCCUCCUUCAGGCACCAGACGUCCAGUUCUGAAGUCUCGGGUCACAAGUCGGACCUCGUUUAUGGUCUCUGGGUUCCUCAGAAUUAUGAGAGAAAGCAAGACCUUGUAGAGAAGACCCCAGAGUCGAGGUCAGAAGCCUUCGUUAAUCGGUUGUCGCUCCAGACAUGGGAGCCAGAACAUUUCGAUCAGAACAUGGAGUCAGAAAUCCGACCCAGCAGCUCACAUUCAGCACGCGGGGUUACGGUCUCUGAGCAACAGCACACAAUCAACUCCUGGCACGUGGCACCAAACACAAUCAGUGGAAGCAUUCAGCACAAAGGACAGUUCUAUUUCGUUACUGGUGUGUACAAGCCGUGUGAAUCCAGUGUUCCUCCUCCUCCUCCUACUCCUCCUCCUCCUCCACCACCAGCACAAUGUCUGACGGACAGUCUCAACUCUCACACACAACCUGAAAUACUGAGAUCACAUAAUACUGUGGAGAACAUGUUUAAACAUCUUCCACUGAUGAAACAGAGCUGCGGUGAGAUCUUCUAUCAGAGCAAAGACCUAACCACACCUAGUGGAGCUGAGGAACCCUCAACCAGCCUUAAUUUCUUAGGGUCUCAAAGUGUAGAUGAAAUGGAAGUCCCAGAUAUGGACGUAGGCAGAUAUCACAUCAACGAUCACCCGAUCUUCUACUGUGGCCCCGAGCAGAGCUUCUCAAAAUCUUCUCAGCAUAAACCUGUGUCUCCUGUUUAUACAGAAUUAGAGCAAAAUAUUCAUUUAAAACAAGAUGAAUCGCUGAAUAAAGUGACGAGACAUGCCUUAGCUGACGUCCCCACAGAGAAGAUCAGUAAAGAGACAACUCCUCUACUGUACCACCUCACUGGAGCCAGCAGAGCGUCUGCAACAAAGAGCAUGAAACGUGAGAGAACCUCUACUCCAGGGUGCAAAAAAUCUGACCUGGGUAAAGAUCAUCAGGAAGCAGGAUGGGUCUCAGGUUCUUCUAGUACUCACUCGCUGCAAAGUGACGUGGCUAAAGAAGCAAAGUCUAAUCAGUUUUAUUAUCUGUGCAACACCAUGGAUGAUUCCUACAAAAAAUAUUAUAAAGAAAAGCUUAAAGAUGCACAAACCAAGGUUUUGAGGGAGACUUCAUUUAAAAGAAAAGAUCUCAGACUCUCUUGGCAAAAGAUUGUUGAGCAAUGCUGUGAUAAGAAUCUCUCUAGCGAACGUUCUGCACCCUUACAGGAAAAACCCACUCCAGCUCCCCUGCCUACGUUUCAGAACACAGAUCCUUCGACUGGUCACGAGGUUAAGAGAGAGACGGUAAAGCAGCAGAAUAUCGCUCAGCCGCAGGUUCCUCGGGUCGGCUAUAGGAAACGUCUGACCCUGGACCAGAAGAAACUGUCCAACUCCGAGCCAGAGAAGCUGCACCGUCUGGGAGACGGUCCGAAACAUAAGACCUGUCGCUCCCUCGGCAGUGAGAGUGAUGGUCUGCUCUUAGAAGAACAGCUUGGACAACACGGUCUGGUCUCGGGCAGACGUAAGAUUUUUGAGGUGAGAGGGCGGGCGAUGUCUGUAAGCAGCUUCUCCAAAAUCUCUCUGAAGGACCUUCAGCACAAGGCCUUAGUGGAGUAUAUGGAACGUAAAACCGGCUGUAAGGUAGCGGAGCCGCAGCAGCCAUCUGCACAGGUUCCCACAGCAGGGAGGUAUUCCGACUGGGGUCCGUACUCAAGGACCAAGGAGAGGCCGCUCAGGCCGUUCUCCGCUAGCCGUAUUCAUGAUUCCUUUUCCAUCAGAUACGCCCAGCUGACCCCGGAACAACACAGCAGUAACUCGCACUGGUCCGGCUGGAAGGAACGCACUUCAUCUCCAUCAGAGAAGUCUGCCUCUGCGGAGGAUCUCCUGGAGGAACGACAGAGCCCUCACUCCUACAGAUGCCGCAGCACCUCAAAUCCUCAUUUCUUUUACCAGAAACAGACCCAGAAGCACUUGGACCCCUCUGCACAUGCCCAAGAUAUCUCACGAGAGAUUAAAGCAGUUGAUAAGGAGUAUGCAGCGUCGGUUCCGGAUCAGCAGAGGGUCCGAGCAAUGUCAUCCAGAAGAAAGUCGAUGGAGGAGCUGGGAGUGUCCAAGGUUUCCAGACCUAAAGUUCUCAGCAAAAGCUCAGACCAGCUGAAUCAGAUCCAGAGGACACGCGUUCCAUCUGAGGAGGAGAAGCAGCACUGUGCGGUUCUACUUGGCUCCGAGGAGAACGUACGGAUCAGCCCUGACCCCAGGAUCUUUAGAGAGCCAGGGUUAUUGGAACACAGAUCUACAGCGGGCACUCCCUGGGUUAGAACAUCGUCUGUAUCGGGUAAAGAAGUCGCAGCUCUCAGUUCCCCCAGAGGAACCAGUGAGAACCAUCAUGUCAGCAAAAAUAAAGCGAAUCCUCCAGAGCGAUUCGUAAUGAGGAGUGAAAUGUCGGACGGAGACGUGAGUGAUGUCCGCUCCGUUCAUGAAAUCUCCCUCGGCUACGGGAUCACGACCGACCCCAGUCUGUGGCCUUCACCACCGGAGACAGACGACGUCGGAACUUCCCGACAUUCAGCUCCCCGUCCUCCUCAGAACACACGGCCUCAUCCACAUGUCAGGGCGGAGUCGGUGUCCGGGUGUGAGCAAUUGGCGGCGCUUCCUGUCCCGGCGCUUGAUGAAGAUCAGGAAAGGAAGAAACUGGGGGAAAGGAAGUGUGGUGUAGAUCGGCCUGAGUGGGAGAAACUGGUCCAGGAAGUGGUCUCAGCCGACCAGUCGUUAGCUCGCGUUCUGAAUCCUGCGGCUAAUCGAAAGACGGCGGUCAUGCUCAUGGAGCAGAUGUUAUCUGAGGACAAUCUCUUGAUGGAGGAGCAUUAUAAGAAAAAGCAGGAGCAGAAAGACAUCGCACCUGAGCAGGCUGCGUACAGGCCGUUGUCUGCUCCUCCUGAUGAUGAUGAUGAUGAUGAUGAUGAUGAUGAACUGUACAGGACCACAGCAAGUGUCACAGAGAAGAAGAGGCAGCUGGCGGCUCGUAUCGAGGAGCGGCUGAAGGCUCUGGAGGGCUCGCGCUCGUCGCUGCAGAGCGAGGAGAAGGAACUUGGACUUCUGGGUAAUUCCCUGGAGACUCUGGUGCGCGAGUGCUGUUCACCGGCCGAGCUGGAGCGCUACACGCAGUUCAUCGAGGACCUGGAGCGCGUGAUCAGCCUGCUGCUGUGUCUCUCGGCACGUCUGGCCCGAGUGCAGAACGCCCUGAGCACCGUGGACGAGGAGGUGGACUCGGAGGAGAAGGACUGUCUCCUCAGUCGACAUCACCUCCUGUGCAAGCAGAGCGAGGAUGCCAAGGGCCUGAAGGAGAGCCUGGACCGGCGCGAGCGCAUGGUCUCCGGCUUCCUGGCCAAGCAGCUGACGGAGGAGCAGCUCCGGGUUUACCGUCGCUUCAUCCAGAGCAAAGCCGCGCUCCUCAUCCGCCAGAGAGACCUGGACGAGAAGCAGCGACUGGACGAGGAGCAGCUCCAGGCUCUUCUCAACAGCAUUCCGCCCUGAACCGCGCGCGCCGUCUUCUCCUCCGCCUCUCAGAGAUGUGUGUGUGUGUGUGUGUGUGUGUGUGUGUGAGAUGUGCAGGCCGAGGUGCCCUGAGCUAGAGUGAGAACAUUACCGCUCUGUGAAUGAUUCUGAUUUCUGUAUUUUAAUUUAUUUCAGCCGUAACGCAGGAACUCGAGACGAAACCAAAACCAGGAACAGCAGCACUUUGUUAUUGUGUUUAAAUUUACUUUCCUGAGGACCGCAACACACUCACUCAGCAAUAUUUAUUUUGUUGUAAUUACGACCCAAUGAUUUUCACUGAUGUAUAAAACGACAAUUUCUUUAUUUUAACGCCGAUGAUUUUAGUUGUAGUCGAUGUUUUACUUCCUGAACAUCGAAGACGGUCCGAACAAACGCGCGUCAUAAGGAGGCGUGAAGUGGACCGCGGUAAUAAGAUCCAGUUAUAAAGUGUAAUAUCGUCUUAUUGCAGUGAGAGGAAACAUACUGAUACAACGGCUCUGAGUUUCAGUGCUCAGAUAACACACACACACACACACACACACACACACACACAGUUUCCUUCCUGUUUUAACCUUAGUGUCUGUGUAAGUGAGACUUAUAAAGAGAAUGAAAAAGAAAUAAUAAAUUUACUGUAGGUAAAGUGUA